AUGUCCACUGGGUCCCUCAGUGAUGUGGAAGAUCUGCAGGAGGUGGAGAUGCUGGAGUGCGAUGGCCUGAAAAUGGAUACUAACAAAGAGUUUGGGGCGUCCACCGAGAGCAACGAGGAGGGAUCCAAUGGCGAGAAUGGCUCCCCUCAGAAGGGGAGAGGGGCCUCGGGCAAGAGGAAAAAAGCUCCCCCCAAGAAGAGCCCUUUAAAUGGAGUGAGCCAGGAGGGAAAGCAGGUACAGAGAAAUGCUGCCAACGCCAGGGAGAGGGCGAGGAUGAGGGUCCUUAGCAAAGCCUUCUCCAGGCUUAAGACCACCCUACCCUGGGUGCCCCCAGACACCAAACUUUCCAAACUGGACACCUUGAGGCUGGCCUCCAGCUACAUUGCUCACCUGAGACAGAUCCUGGCCAAUGACAAGUAUGAGAACGGCUACAUCCACCCAGUCAACUUGACUUGGCCUUUUAUGGUAGCCGGCAAACCCGAGAGUGACCUGAAAGAAGUGGUGAACACAAACCGCUUGUGCGGCCCGACGGCAUCCUGA